UCUCAGUAUCUUCUCAAUCUAGCUCACUCACAGACACACCUGCCAGAAACCACCAUAUGGCUCUCAGUCUAAGCUUUUCGUUGCCAGCAUCGGCAACAAGAGCACCGGUGAGCUCCUUCAAGAGACUACCAAGCCGUAUUCCAACGGUGAAAGCCGUAGGUGUGUUCACAUCUAAGAGUAUUGACCAUAGGAGGGCCAUCAGACUUAAACCAUGCUCCGCUUUGGAUGAUCUUACUUCCAGAGUAGUAAGUGCAGCCACCGAUACUACGGCCGCGGUUGUGGAGGCCGCAGCUGCAGUAGUCGCCACAACCGCCGUGAUCGUCACUGAUACAACAACGACAGAAGUAACGAGGGAUGAUUUCCCUGCUGAUUUCAAGUUUGGUUGCGCCACUUCUGCUUUCCAGACAGAAGGAUCUGGAACUGAAGGAGGGAGAGGACCAGCGACAUGGGAUAGUUACAUACAAGAUACCACAGUAAAUGGCACAGAAAUAGCUGUUGAUUCCUACAACCGCUACAAGGACGAUGUGCAACUGCUGAAGAAUAUGGGAGUAGAUACAUACAGAUUCUCCAUGUCCUGGUCAAGACUGCUGCCUGAUGGAACCAUAGAUGGUGGAAUAAACCAAGAGGGUAUCGAUUUCUACAACAACUUCAUCGACGAAUUGAUCGCGAAUGGGAUAACUCCAUUUGUGACACUGUUCCACUUCGACUUGCCCACACCACUGAACACCAAGUACAACGGUUUCUUAAGCAUCGACAUUGUAGAGGAUUUCAAAGCAUAUGCGGAUUUAUGUUUCAAAACUUUUGGUGAUCGAGUGAAGUACUGGGCAACUAUCAAUGAGCCACAAGUGUGGGGGCAAUACGGCUUCACUAACCCCGCCGCAGAUGCAAAUGCUGCCACCGAUCCUUUUAUUUCUGCGCACAACGUCAUAUUAGCCCAUGCUACAGCAGCAAAACUCUACAAGAAUACAUACCAGCCAACACAAGGAGGAGAGAUCGGAAUCCCAUCAGUGGUCGAAUGGUUUGAGCCAUACGAAGACACUGCACAAGAUAGAGCUGCGGCCCUUAGAGCAUUUGACUUUAAAACAGGAUGGUUUGUGGAGCCCCUAAUCUAUGGUGAUUACCCAUUUAUCAUGAGAGCUUUGGUAGGGGAUGCACUUCCAGAAUUCACAGAUGAGCAGAAAGAGCUGGUAAAGGGUUCAUAUGACUACAUUGGGGUGAACUACUAUACUGCCAGAUUCGCUACUUCAGUACCGAUAACAAGCAGUGAUGUCUACACAACCAUGAGUGAUUACCAGCAUGCUACCGAGUCAGUGACCGGACUAGAUGGGGAGAACAUAGGCGAUGCGACACCAGGGAGCACGCAGAUUUUCGUGUAUCCAGAUGGGUUAAGGAAGGGAUUGAUUUUAAUGAAGGAACUCUACAAUAAUCCCAAAAUUUACGUUACUGAGAAUGGAUAUCCGGACGCACGAGAUGACACCCUUUCAGUUGAAGAGGCUUUGAUUGACGAUGCUCGGAUUCAGCACAUCAAGGAUCACCUCGCUGCUGUCAAAGCCGCCAGAGCUGCGGGAGCAGAUGUGCAGAGUUACCUAAUGUGGGCACUGCUAGACUGCGUGGAGAUGGGAUCCGGUUAUGCCGUUCGAUUUGGCCUCAACUAUACUGAUUACCUCAAUGAUUUGGCCAGAACUCCGAAGAAGUCCGCCGCCUGGCUCAAAGAUUUCUUGGCUUCAACCACAACCACUUCAACCUGAUGCAUGCAGCAGCGUUUGGAAUCGCAGAAUAAGACUGGCAUUAGCUCCGAAUAUUCUUUCCUAGUGAAAUGGGGAAUGAAAACUUCCACCUAGAGUACUUGCUUACAUGGCACGCCUUGCCUUGCAACUUUGGAUGCAUAAAUUUGUCGAUUUCUAGCAGGCCUUGAUUCUAUUUCAGGAAUUUUCUUUUCUUGGUGUAAUUGUUCAAUAACUGGAAAUAUCACGUGACGCAUGGCCUAA